CAAGACGCAGACUGAAGAAGGUAGAAUCAAUCCGGAAGUGAUAUACUCCUGACAAAGCUAAUGUCUUCCACAGCAUAGUUUCAGACAAAAACGGAAAAAAAAGAAGUGAGAAAUAUUAAAUGCCACAGCGACAAGAUGAAAUAUCUUAUACUUGAAUGUCUGGCUACUACUUAUAAUAAAUAAACAGCCUCUGAAGGCGAGCAGGAUGGAAACCAGCGGAGCCGACGGAAGCUCUUACACGGAUAAUCUCAUCGGGACUUUACUUGCUAUCUUUGGAAAUGUGCUUGUCAGCAUCUCCUUAAGUGUUCAGAAAUACAGUCAUGUGACGUUAGCAGGAACCAAGGACCCGCGUGCCUUCUACCGCACUAAAACCUGGUGGUGUGGUUUUGUACUGACCUGUCUUGGGGAGGGAGCCAACUUUGUUUCUUACGCCUUCGCCCCCCUCGCUCUCGUAGCACCUCUUAAUGCUGUGUCUGUCCUUACAAGCUCAAUUUUGGGCCUUAUUUUUCUGCGUGAGAAAUCUAAGCCAAAGGACUUUGCAAAGCGCUAUGGGCUGUCUUUCCUGGGCUGUAUCAUAACCAUAGGAGGAACAUAUCUCUUUGUAGCAUUCGGACCAAACUCUCAUGAAAAACUCAAAGCCGAGAACAUUGUGAAGCACAUUGUAGGAUGGCCUGUUCUCCUGUAUCUGCUCCUGGAGAUCAUCACGUUCUGCCUGCUUUUAUACUUCUACAAACAGCGCCGUGCUAACUACCUCGUUAUUAUUCUUCUGCUGGUCUCUCUACUGGGAUCUGUCACUGUCAUUACUGUGAAGGCGGUUUCAGGCAUGUUGGUUCUCACCAUCGAGGGCGCCAUGCAGCUUGACUACCCCAUCUUCAGCGUCAUGUUUGUGUGCAUGGUGGCUUCAGUGGUCUUCCAGGCCAAAUUUCUGUCUCAAGCUUGUAAGCUGCAUGACUCCUGUCUGAUUGCCAGCGUCAACUACAUCCUCUCCACCGUCUUUGCCGUGGUAGCUGGAGCUGUGUUUUACUUGGAGUUUAAGAAUGAAGACAUCCUUCACAUCUGCAUGUUUUUGUUGGGAUCUGCAUUCUGUUUCCUGGGGGUAUUUCUCAUCACCAAAAACAGGAAAAGGACCAAGACGUUUGAGCCGUACGUCACUAUGGAUAUGGCAAAUGGUGUCCCAACAAUCCACGAUAAAGGCCUGGUAGACUUCAAUGGUUCUUUCUCGUAUGGAGCCCUGGUCAACAACGAUGGAGUGGCUCCUGCUACUAUACCAGUCAACAUGGAACAGCCACCAGUCAGCUCUAGAUCCACUGAUGCAUCCCAUGACCUGCCUGACUUAAAGAAAGAUUAAAACAGAGUAUUUCUAAUGGGUUUUUUUUUUUGGUCCCCCCCCUUUUCCCCAACACUUUUCAAGGACCUUGAAAGGCCAAACUGGGUAUGUUCAAUUCUUCUCACAUAUAUACAAGACCAACCUCCAGCCCAGUCGGGGGAUGUCCACUGGGUGUUUUAGAUGUUCUCUCACUCUGCCUUACACUCCUCUCCACAUGCUUUCCUUUAUGACACAUCUAAACCAAAAUGUAACCUUGAGAAGCAUUCCUUCUUUCUUUUCUUUUUUUUUUUGAAAAGAUGUCGAGUGUAUUCAUUCCAAAAAUGAAAGAAACCUGAAGCUGACAGCAGAGAUAGUGUUGUGCCUUGACGCUUACUGCCUGUACCCUGUUAGCUUUGAGAUGUAAGGACUCACUUCCAGCAGUUUUGUUCCCAUUCGCUCGUUAAUGGGAACAUGCAGUGAUCUGUUCUUCCAUUGAGUUACUCCUCAAAACCAAUGUUAUAUAAUGUAGCUGCAGACCUUUUCUGAAGACUUGCCAAUGAACAUUUUGACUUUUAAUAUCUGUCUUAUAUGAGAGGGUUUCACUCCACAAUUCUCUUGGAAUCUCAUUGUAUUACUUCUUUUCCUGACAUGACCAAACAUUUGCAAUUGUUCUAAUUUAUUGUAAUGUAUUUAUUAAUUUUCAAUGUUUCUUUUAGUGUGCUUUUUAUAAAGUAGCUGUACACUGGAUAAAUAAUGCACCUAGUGAGUGAAGGAUCACUGUAGCAGUUCAGUUAUACAGAGGCAACUGUAAUCUUUGAAAAGAAAGGUGAUAACACUUCAGAUGACUCAAAUAGAAGGGAAGUGAAUCGCGCUUGCAUCUUGAAAUUAUUGAUAAAUUGUACAACUAGAGUACAAAAUGUGUAAUGUAUGUAAAAAGGUGUAAUCCACUGUAAAAAGCCUUUUUGUUUUUGGCUAAAAUAAUUUAAAUACUGUUUAUUUUGGUUGCCCUGUUAACUUAAUGCCUUGAAGUUUCUGAUGACAAACAAAUGAAGAAAGAUGAAACCAAUAGUGUGGAGUUGCUAACAUGUUUUUUGUGGUACAGUGUUUUUCGAAUGUGCGUCAAAUUUGACAAGCUGAAAGACAAUGCAGCAAUAAGUGAAACGGCUAUUACUCCAUAAUGAAUGAAUGAAUGGCUGCGCAAAUUGGAUACACUCCACCUCUGCAUAUGUGGCAAUGGAUUUCUACAGUGUUAAUAAAGCAGAGAGCCUUUCCACAGUAUUCAGUACAUUAGCGUCACAGAAGCUUGUCUUGUUAUUAAAACUGCCUUCUAACUGAACCAGAACAGCCUUUAAAACAGUCACUGAUGUUGUAAAAGUCAAACUUGUUCCAUUGUACAUUUUAUGCAAUCUGGUGUCAUAUAAAGUAAACAUUACCUAGUUUCGGUGUA